GAGCAAGUCUUCAGACCAUAGCCUGCAGCCGCCCUCCAUCCUCGACUCGUUCCCGAUCUCCAUUUCCAAUAGAACGAAGGAGAAGAAACCGAGGCGGCAGACAUGGCGGUGUCGAUCGAGCUCACCAAGGAGUACGGCUACGUCGUGCUGGUGCUGGUGGCCUAUGCCUUCCUCAACUUCUGGAUGAGCUUCCAGGUCGGCAAGGCCCGCAAGAAGUACAAGGUGUUCUACCCCACCAUGUACGCCAUCGAGUCGGAGAACAAAGACGCCAAGCUCUUCAACUGCGUGCAGAGGGGGCACCAGAACUCUCUGGAGAUGAUGCCCCUGUUCUUCGUCAUGCUGCUGCUGGGCGGCCUGCAGCACCCGACCAUCGCCGCCGGGCUGGGCGUCCUCUACGUCGUCGCGAGGUUCUUCUACUUCAAGGGAUACGCUACCGGCGUUCCGGACAACCGUCUCAAGAUUGGGGGGCUCAACUUCUUGGCGGUGAUUGGGCUGAUCAUCUGCACGGCAUCUUUCGGCAUAAACUUGGUCAUCAGGGAGACACUCUAAACUUCAGGUUUACGUGUGAGCUGCUGCAGACUUGAUUAAUGGAACAAGUUACUUGAGGCCUGAGCAACGUAACUUUGUGUGACAUGAGUCAGUUGGGUUUGCAUAGUCGUAUGCUCGUUUCUUUCUUUGUGUGUGUGUGUUGAUUAGCAAAGUAGUGACUGCGUCUGCGUCUCACUUUUGGCUGUGCCGGAAUAAGAGGAGACAGAUGGCUUGAAGCAUGAAUCCUACAGUUCUUGCUGCUUGUCACUCUCUGGUUUCGUUGUAGAUGAGAUGGUUGUUGAUGGUUUGUGUUUGAGGCACGAUCCUUAAUUUUUACCGAUCUAAAACUGGCCUGUAACAGUCUGAUUUUUUUAAAGAAAAAACGAGAAACCUCUGCUUUUAUUGAAA